AAAUAGAUCUAGCAGACACAGUCAGCACACUUCGCUUGUAUUGAGGAUGUAUCUGCCAUUGAUCAUUGGAUAAGGAUCUAUUUCCCUUUUUAAGGUCUGCCCUUAGGUGUUUUCAUCCAGGUCAAAGCCAUGGCGGCGGAUGUUGUAUCUCACAGCCUGAACCUCCUGGAGACUCUCAAAGAGUCUAUUGAGAACAACAAGCUGUCAGAUGUCAAAGAUGCUGUGGAGGACCUCCUGAUCAGCCGGAUCAACAUGGCCGUGGCAGGAGAGCGGGGGCCCGAGAAGUCUGCAUUCAUCAACGCCCUCCGUGGCCUGGGGCCUGAGGAUGAAGGAGCCGCCCUAUCCCCGUGCCCCACUACUCCAGAGGAGAUGGCCAUCUAUCCCAACCCUAAGCACCCUGACUUCAGGCUCUGGGACUUGCCACCCACCCCCGCAGCCUCGCCCUUUGACCCAGAAGGGUACAUGGAGCGGGUGAAGUUCCUGCGGUACAACGUGGUGGUCAUGGCGUUCACACAGAGUCUCCAGGCCAACAGCGUGGCGGUGUUCCUGGAAGCCCGCUCUGUGCAGAGGGACACUGUGUACUUCGCCCUGCUGGCCUCGGAGAAGGACACAGAAAAGGGUCUGGAGGAGAGGCGCAAGGCCAGCCUAGAGUUGUUGAAGGCCCAGGGGGUGGCCCUGCCUAAGGUGUUCCUAGUGAGGCCCUCCUGUCUGGAGAAACUUGACUUCCCAGGACUCCUGGAGGAGAUGGAGAGGGACCUACCAGAGAUCCGGGCCCACGCUCUCCUCCUGGCCCUGCCCACUCUCUCCCCAGUCCUGAUCACCCAGAAGAGAGACGCCUUCAAGGCCUUGGUCUGGGCUGCCGCGUCACUCUCUGGUGGGGUGUCGGCCAUCCCCGUGCCCCUGGUGGCCUCCAUGGUGGACGCCAGUGUGGGUGUGAGGAUCCUCACCAAGGCCAGGGCCUCGCUCUGUCUGGACGACGAGUCUGUUGAGCGGUUGGCACGGCAACGCGGCAUGGAGCCGGCACGGCUAAAAGCCCUGCGGACGUGUAACCUGUCGGCUGAAGUCACCAAGGGGGAGGUAAAGCUUCGGCUGGCAGCGGCAGAGAAGGAGUUGACCACCAACACGACCCGGCUGGUGGAGAUGGCCAUGCCCAGGCACGCCCGCUCAGCUGGUCGUUCCUUCACUGUCAUGUUGCAGGCUCUCAAUGGGGCCAUCGAUGAGAUGGUGGUUGACGCAGAGAAGAUACUGGCUGCUGCUGGUAUUGGAGAGGGGAAAUGAAGGAGGUCAAGAGGAGGGCUAGAAAUAGUGCAAUGAAUUAUUUUUUUAAACAUUUGCAAUGGAAAUGCAAAUAUGCAUUGCGUAGGACUUUCCCGCAGACAAAUUAUUUAGUGGCUUCAUGGUUAAAAUGUUAUUAAUAUUUUUCAUAAUUUCAUAAUUAAUAAACAUUAUUUCAAAAA